AUGGCGGAAGAUGAGUUCAGCUUGCGGGAGGUUCUCGCCGCUUUCCAGACCUGUGUGACGGAGCGGCGGGAGGUGCUGUUGGGCCCCUACUUGUGUGGCUGGCGGGGCCUCAUCCGGUUCCUGCACCGCCUGGGAGCCAUCUUCUCCUUCGUCUCCAAGGACGCCGUGGCCAAGGUGCAGAUCAUGGAGAGCUACUGCGGCGGCGAGCAGCGGGAGAAGUACGUCUCGCUGCAGUCCAUGGUGGAGUAUGAGCUGGCCAACGGGCUGGUGGACUUGCAGAAGCGGUCUGGCCACCCUGAUUCCGGAUGCCGCACCGUCCUCCGCCUCCACAGGGCCCUGCGCUGGCUGCAGCUCUUCCUGGAGGGGCUGAGGACGGGCCAGGAGGACUCACGGACGUCUGUCAUCUGCACGGACUCCUACAACGCAUCCCUGGCUGCCUUCCACCCCUGGGUUAUUCGCAAGGCUGCCACAGUGGCCUUCUGUGCCCUGCCGCCCCGAAACGCCUUCCUGGAGAUCAUGAACGUGGGGACAACCGAGGAAGCUGUCACUAUGCUGGGUGAGGCCUUGCCCUACAUUUCCAAGGUCUACAGCAUCACCCAGGAGCUCUUUGCCCAGCAUCAGCUGCUUGACCUUCCUUGACAGGAGGGAUGCUAAAGAGCCACAUCC